AUGACCUUUCGCACCAUCAUUGCAGCCCUCUCAACGAGCCUCGGCUCAAUACCAAUUGUUCAAGCCAGCUUCGACAACGCUCAGGCGUCGCCAGAAAACGAAUGGAGUUGGACUACGUUCCGCCUACUUGCCGUUUUAUGCCUGGCUUUCAGCUUGUACUCGAUCCUUCUGCAUCCGGAAUUCAUCAACCCUCUUCGCCAUGUGCCAAGAGCUCAGGCAAGAUCUGCUGGCAGUGGAUAGCUCUGAGCGUAUGCUAAUCGUGUGACUAUUAGCGUUGGCUGUCGCGAAACUUAUACAACCAGCUCGUACUCCAAAAGACGCCCGCCGAACUUCUCUCCCACAUUGCAACAGAGACCCCAAAUGACGGACUAUUAGCCUUGCGAGAGCCAUCAAGCCUGACGCUGCUCAUCACCCGGCCUUCCAUCUUGACCGAGCUGCUCGUUUCCCGCGCAAGUGACUUUCAGAGGUCGACGGCCCUGCAAGGAUUCUUCAAGAUUCUGACUCUGGAUGGCUUGUUCACUGUGAGUGGAGACCAGCACAAGUCUCUGAAGAAACGCAGUCUGCCUCAUUUCAGCUUUCGUGCUAUCAAGAAUCUCUAUCCUUUGAUGUGGCGACAGGCAUCACAUUUCGCAAGCGCCGUCGAAGCCAACUUCAACAACAUCGUGCCGGAGAACGAUGGCACCUUGACUGGGACUGUUGAGCUUUCCGAUCUGACGAAUGAAAGCACGUUCAAGGUAAUUGGGACAACGGUAAGUCGUCUUGCCAUCUCUGCCCGUCUCUGCAAUCUACUUGUUCAACAAACACAUCCGCUAAUCUUGUUCUCCCAAAGGUAUUCGGUAGGGCGCACGAGACAUCCAGCGAUCGCGCCUUCGACCACUUGAGAUCUCUGCUGGAAUUCUUCCUGAAACCGACAGCAUCUACCACUGUCUACGUGGCUUUGACCUUCUACUCGCCAUCUUGGGUCAGCAAAUACGUUACCUACCCCCUGUAUCAGCAAGCUGUCAGGACUUCUGCGGCACUGGAGAAGCUGUGUCUCCAGCUUGUAGAAGAGAAGCGGAAGCAGCUGCGAACCGACCCCGAGAGCGCCGACCUCGCAUCCCAUAUGAUACAGUCUGGUCAUUUCACCGACUAUGAGAUUGCUUCACAACUGUUGACGUACCUGGUCGCAGGGUGAGUGCAAAUGAUACAACCUCACAUUACCUUUGCAUGUCAACCCGCAUCCACUGAUGGUUGCACCCCGCAGGCAAGAGACCACUGCCGGCGCAAUCAAUUGGAUCUACUACCUGCUCGCCCGAGACGCUCGUCGACAAAGCUUACUCCGAAGCGAGAUUAGGGAUGCUCUGGGCGGUUUUUCCGACGUGGACAGCCAGAAUGAUCUCGCGAGCAUCCUGGAAGGACUGCCAUACCUCAACGGCGUCAUCAACGAGACAUUGCGUCUGUACCCGAACGUUCCCGUGACGCAGCGCGUAGCCGUUCGAGACACCACUCUGGCGGGAUUCCAUAUCCCAGCGGGCACAACAGUCUACCUCUCGCCCUGGCUCAUCCAGAGGUCAAAAGAAGUCUGGGGCCCGGAAGCGGAUCAAUUCCAGCCUGAGCGCUGGAUACGCAAUGAAGAUGGACAGCAGAAGCUCGAUCCGAGCGGCGGCAUGAAGAGCAAUGUUGAUUACCUGCCAUUCCUCCAUGGGCCGCGGAACUGUAUUGGACAGAACUUUGCGAGGGCAGAGUUGCGAUGUCUGACUGCUGCACUUGCGAUGCGCUUCGAAUGGACGCUCGAGACGGACGGCGAUAUUCCAUUGUCUGGCGUCAUCACUAUCAAUCCUGAGGGAGGCCUGCGUCUGCGUCUGAAGACGUUGUCUAGCAAGGACGCUACAGAUUGA